CCGUGGCGUCGCGGCCCCGGCCGAGCUGGGGGUUGGGGCUUGGAGGCCGAGGUACCCGCGGCGGUGGGCGAGUGUCCGUGUGGCCUGGUCCGGGCUAUGUCCGCGUGAGGACGCCGCUGACGCCCGCGUCCAGGCCCCGGCCCGGCCCGGCUCGCCGCUCACCAUGGGCUCUAUUCUGAGCCGCCGCAUCGCGGGCGUGGAGGACAUCGACAUCCAGGCGAACUCGGCCUAUCGCUACCCGCCGAAGUCUGGAAACUACUUUGCCUCACACUUUUUCAUGGGAGGUGAGAAAUUUGACACCCCGCACCCUGAAGGUUACCUCUUUGGAGAAAACAUGGAUCUGAAUUUCCUGGGCAAUCGCCCAGUCCAGUUUCCAUACGUCACCCCCGCCCCCCAUGAGCCAGUGAAGACACUCAGGAGCCUGGUGAACAUCCGGAAGGACUCCCUGCGGCUUGUGAGGUACAAAGAUGGUGCUGACAGCCCUUCAGAGGACAGUGAGAAGCCCCGAGUCCUCUACAGCCUGGAGUUCACCUUUGACGCCGACGCCCGGGUGGCCAUCACCAUCUACUGCCAGGCGGUGGAGGAAUUCCUGAACGGGAUGGCAGUGUACAGCCCCAAGAGCCCCGCCCUGCAGUCCGAGACCGCCCACUACAAGAGAGGGGUGAGCCAGCAGUUCUCCCUGCCCUCCUUCAAGAUCGACUUCUCCGAGUGGAAGGAUGAUGAGCUGAACUUCGACCUGGACCGGGGCGUGUUUCCAGUGGUCAUCCAGGCCGUGGUGGAUGAAGGAGAUGUUGUGGAAGUGACUGGCCAUGCCCAUGUGCUCUUGGCCGCCUUUGAAAAGCAUGUCGACGGCAGCUUCUCUGUGAAACCUUUAAAGCAGAAGCAAAUUGUGGACCGGGUCAGCUACCUGCUGCAGGAGAUCUACGGCAUCGAGAACAAGAACAACCAGGAGACAAAGCCCUCAGACGAGGAGAACAGCGACAACAGCAACGAGUGUGUGGUGUGCCUGUCAGACCUGCGGGACACGCUCAUCCUGCCGUGCCGGCACCUGUGCCUGUGUAACUCGUGUGCGGACACGCUGCGCUACCAGGCCAGCAACUGCCCCAUCUGCCGGCUGCCCUUCCGGGCCCUUUUGCAGAUCCGGGCGGUGAGGAAGAAGCCGGGAGCCCUGUCCCCCGUCUCCUUCAGCCCUGUUCUGGCCCAGAGCAUGGACCAUGAUGAGCAUUCAUGUCCCUUUAAAAAAUCAAAGGCGCACCCCGCCUCACUGGCCAGCAAGAAACCUAAAAGGGAAACAAGCUCUGACAGCAUCCCACCUGGCUAUGAGCCCAUCUCCCUACUUGAGGCGCUCAACGGCCUUCGGGCCAUCUCCCCGGCCAUCCCUUCAGCCCCCCUUUAUGAAGAGAUCACCUACUCAGGCGUCUCAGAUGGCCUGUCCCAGGCCAGUUGUCCACUUGCGGGGAUGGAUCGAAUCCUGGAAAGCAGCCACCAGAAGGGCAAGCCAAGGAGCAAAUCCCCUGACAGCACCCUGCGGUCUCCGUCGUCCCCCAUCCACGAAGAGGAUGAGGAGAAGCUGUCCCAGGACUCAGACGCACCCCCCCCGCUGAGUGGGGCGGGGCUGGCGCUCAGCAGCUCCCCCGAGAGCUUUGUCACGGAGGAGGCGGACGAGGCGGCGGCCCUGAAGCAGGGGAGCCGAGUGCCAUCCUUUGAGAAUGUCCUACAGGACGGCAGCCCUGAGGCCUGCAGCCACGGCCAGCCCCGCCUGCCCGCCGAUGUCUACCUGCCAGCCCUGGGGCCUGACUCCUGCUCUGUUGGUAUAGAGGAGUAAGCUGGAUGGUCCACCUCCAUGGAGACGCCCCACAGCCUCCGUACUGCUGGCCCACCCCGGCCUGACCCUGGGGCCACUGAGCUGACCCCACUUUGAGAGCCUGGCCAGGCUGGCAGCAUGGAGCCCUUAGCUCCCCAGACUUUGCCGGGGGGGCCACCAGAUUCUGCGUGACCCCUGGCCUCUCCCGUCUUGCACGCUCUGCGUGGCCGCUGGCUCUGAGGGGCCACACAACCCUUGAUUGAAGAGCACAGUGGACUAUCUCCUCUGACAAAUUCCUUUUUCUACAGUCAAUGUGUUUGUCAAUGGUACAAGAUGAAGGACAACAGCUUUCUGUUCUGGGCUCUGAGGUUUCCCCCAAACGCCCCAUUGGCUCAGUGGCUGGGACUGGGGCCUGACCACCCACAUGCAGCCUGGAGCAGCUUCUCCGAGCAUCCUAGCUACUGGGGACUUGACAUCCCAAGAACUCAGCACAAAUUCUCCGAAGAAAAGUGUAUUGGUGGGUGAGGUGGUGUCUUCACAGGAGAUGUCCUAAGGGUCUUGUUGGCCGAGGUGGAAAGGAAGUGGGGUCUGAGUCAUGGUCAAUGAAGGAAACAGUGCCUGUCCCCUCCCCCCUGCGCCUGUGUCCUUGGCAGCCUGGCUGUUGCUAUCCCGUGCCCUCUGCUGCUUCUUCCCCUUCCUGCUCCAGUCCUGGGGGGCAAGGCUGCCUCCCAUAGCUACCCCUACUCACUCAGGCCCACUCAGCCCUUGGGGGCUGGGGGCUGGGUCUGACUGAGGGGCCGAGACAGCAGGUAGUGACUGGUGGCCCCUCUUGGCCCCGCGCGCCUUUUCUGAAGUGGCUUUGCUCAUGGGGCAGGUGCCUGCAGGUGAGGGGCUUUCUGCUGGGUUCGUGGGGCUGCUGUCCACUUGCCCCAGUGAGGGAUCUGAGUGGCUUCCCUGCUCCCUCUUGACCACCGAAGCGUCCCUUGGUUUUUCUUUGACUUGUUCUAUCUGGGGUCCCUGUGGUGGACCGGCCUGGGGGAUGCACGUGGCAGAUCCUGUCUGAGGUGACCUUGCCUUUUUUUUUUUUU